AUGUUAGAUACUUGGUUGGCUGUCGGACUGGUCGUGGUCAGUGGACUGCUGGCUUAUAGAUGGAAACGUCCACAUCCAUUUGGACAGACUAUUGAAAUCGGUGAAGCGGCACCAGGUGAGGGCCGUGCAAGAAGGAAUGCAUCACAUCCAGAGUUGGUCUCACACAUGGAGGAUCAACAAGUUUAUACACUCUACGAUUCAUUGUUGACUGCUUGUAAGAAGUACAGUCACAAGGAAUGCUUUGGACAAAGGAACAUUGGAAAGAAUGGAGAGCUUCAGGAACACUUCGAGUUCAUCACAUACGCAGUGUUCUUGAACAAGUGCGAGACAAUCUUCCAAGCCUUGUGCGAGAUUGGUAUCAAGCCAAAAAUGAAGGUUGGCAUAUUCAGCAGAAACAGAUUGGAAUGGCUGGUUGUGCAAGGUGCCAGCUUUAUGCAAUCAAACAUUAUUGUGUCGUUCUACGAGACGUUGGGCGCAGAGUCUUUGACAUUCGUCAGCAAGCACGCUGAGAUUGAGAUUGCAUUCUGCUCCAAGGAGACGCUGGACAAGACAAGGGAGAUCGCAUUGUCGGUCAAGGGCAUCAAGUGCAUCGUCUGCUUUGACAAUGUCCCCGACGAGACUCGCAAGGAUCUCGAGUCGCAGGGCCUCACAUUCUACACGUUUGACGAGCUGAUGGAGAAGGGCAAGGCUGCCAAUGGCACACACAACCACGUGCCACCCAAGCCCGACGACUUGUCCACCAUCAUGUACACCAGUGGCACCACUGGCGACCCCAAGGGAGUCAUGAUCACACACAGGAACGUCAUCUCGGUCGUCUGCGCCGUCAAGACCCUGGCCGACGUCUAUGACAACGACACUCACUACUCCUACCUGCCCUACGCACACAUCCUCGAGCGUGUAGUCGUCGCCCUAUCCUUCCACUAUGGUGCCCGUGUCGGCAUCUUCUGUGGCGACACCACCAAGAUCCUCACCGAGGUCAAGUCGUUGCGCCCAACGCUGUUCAUUGGUGUGCCACGUGUGUUUGAGCGUAUCAAGGCUGGCGUGUUCAAGGAGGUCGCCAAGCAAUCAUCUACCAAGCAGGCCCUGUUCAACCUGGCCUACAAGCUAAAGCACUCAUGCAUCGUCAACGGCAUCCAGCUGCCCCUGAUCGAGAGCCUGCUCAACAUGGUCGUCUUCAACAAGCUCAAGCAGCAGCUCGGAGGUCAGGUCCGUGUCAUCCUCUCUGGAGGCGCACCUCUCUCACACGACACUGAGGCCUUCCUAAAGGUGGCCUUCUCAUGUGCCAUCGUCCAGGGCUACGGUCUGACCGAGAGCUGUGGAGGCACUGCUGUCAAGCUCCUGCAGGACGAGAGUCUGGGCUCGCUUGGACCACCCUUUGUCUCGUGUGAGAUCAAGCUGGUGGACGUGCCCGAGCUCAACUAUCUCACCAGCUCCAACCCACCCUGCGGUGAGGUGUGUCUGCGCGGCCCAUCCAUCUCGAUUGGUUACUACAAGGACGAGGCCAAGACCAAGCAGGACUUCAAGGACGGCUGGUUCUCUACUGGAGACAUUGGCCGCUGGAACCCAGAUGGCUCGCUCAGCAUCAUCGACAGGAAGAAGAACAUAUUCAAGCUGUCACAGGGCGAGUACAUUGCCGUCGAGAAGAUCGAGAACAUCCUGAACAAGAGUCUGUGGAUUGCUCAGAUCUGCGUGUAUGGUGACUCGGAGAAGGCCUCCAUCAUCGCGCUGAUCCAUCCACACCAGGACAAGGCCGAGGAGUGGGCACGCAGCAAGGGACUGAACAUCAGCUUCAAGGAGAUCUGCGAGAACAAAGAGUUCAACCAGGUCAUCCUGAAGGACAUCACCGACGUUGGCAAGAAGUCCAAGCUGUUUGGCUUUGAGAUUCCAAGGAAGAUCCAUGUCUUCCACGACGCAUUCAGUGACACCAACGACAUGAUGACCCCAUCAUUCAAGCUCAAGAGGCCACAAAUCAAGGAGCACUACAAGGCAAUCAUUGAUGAAUUGUACCGUGAUUUGGAGUAG